ACAUAUAUUCAUCCCAUAGCACGAACGUCAUUCGCGACAACAAAGCUGCUUUGAAAUAAACUGCGACUUCAGUGUUACAGUGACCGUGAGAGUGUAAAGUGUUCGUGGUUAGAAAGAAACUAGAAGAGAACAGAAAAUGUUCAACGCAGGAAGUCUCAGUGCCUUAUUAACAGGACUAUUGGUCAUUGUCGUCAUACCGGAUGUUUUGUCGUAUUCAAAAUACGGAAGGAACUGCAAGGAUAUUGGAUGUAGGAGUGAUGAAGUCUGCGUGAUGGCCGAGGAUCCUUGUACGGAUUACUCAAAUAAAUGUGGUCGUUAUCCAACUUGCAAGAAAAUGAACGACAGAGAGACCAGUUGUGCGAGUAUCAUUUGUAAUGAAAAUGAUUACUGCAGAAAUGAAAAUGGCAUACCGAAAUGCGUAAGAAAGGUAGCAUCAAACGGAUUCGAAUCGGCUGGUGUCGAUAUUGUGAAUGGUCAACACGUCAGCAGUAGCGAUACUAACAAACACACGAAUACCAACACGAAUCCGUUUGCUAACGCGAAUGCACCACCAGCGCCCGCUGAUCCUAUACCCGGGGGAAAUGGUUAUCAUCAAGUAAACUCUGGUACCAAUCUAGGUUAUCCUUCUUAUCCAAGCAAUGUAGGCACUUCGAAUAGCAACCAUGGUUAUCCACCAUAUCCGUCAACGAAUCGAGAAAAUCAACCGCGAACUGAUAACCUUGGUUAUCCUCCAUAUCCAACUAUGAACAGAAUGCCGCAACCUGGUCAAGGAUAUCCUGGUCAAGGUUAUCCUCCAUAUCCAGGACAAUCUGGAUAUCCGCAAACAGGCUAUCCACAACAACAGUAUCCGAAUGGUCAACGAUAUCCAGUAGGACAAUAUUCUGGAUAUCAAAAUUAUCCGAAUCAGAAUCAUCGUGGAUAUGCUUACAAUUCAAAUUCUCCAUAUCAUAAAAAUGUACCAUAUCCAAUACCAUCACCAACACCACCACCAAGAGCAUAUGGACCUGGCAGAUCAUCUGGACGUUCUGGAUCCAGAAAUACUAUCGGUGAUAAUUCUAUCUGGAAUCGAUUGUUUGGAGAUGAUCGUAAUCGUGGAUCUAAUGGCCGUUCGAGUGGCAGAUCUAAUUCUCACCGCACAAGAGACGAUUAUUAUAAUACUCACGCUUCCACUGAUAAUCGUGGCAAUAGAGUCUGGACUUUCUCUGGUUAAAAUAUAAUUUCUCAACUAAAACAAUUUCUUCUUUCUUAAAUUCUUAUAUUACUUUCUUCAGUUAUAAAAGAGUAUAUUAUUUUCUUUAUAAAUGUUAUUCUAAUUUCUUUUUGCUUCUUUAUUAUGAACAUGCA